GGGGAUGGUGGCUGGGAAGCUGGCGUCAACCCGAGUGGAGUGUCCUUAGCCAUCAUCUGUUGAAGUCCCAAAAAUCCCCAAUUGGACAUCUAGAGCACCUACCUGUUCCUUCUGAGUCUUGAAUUGGAAGUUAGCAACACUCUCUGAGACCUGAAAGGGAAAUAAAUGAUAUUGCCUCCUGCAGACAGGACUCUAAGAAAGGAAGGAUUGCUGUGACUUCGACUUACCAUCCAGAACGCACUCCUUCCUUUCAACUCUGCCUGCAGUUGAACACAAAGACCUGGAGGAAACUCCCACAUCCUCGGGGAGAAGAAAGGAGGCGGCGAAGCCGAUUAAGGAACUUGUGGCCUUUUUGUACCCGGGCUGCCUGGAAGGGGGAAAGUGAGUGAAAGCCACAGUGGUGGUUAAUGGGCUGAGAUGAGGCGCUGCUGCUGACACGCAGGUUCCAGGGUCCAUCAGCUGCCCUUUGUGCUUCGUGUACAUGUGUCUGUUCAGUGCCCCCGGAGGCGCCCAGAAGAGAAUCCAACACGGCCGCCGGGGAGAGACCACCCACCAUGCCCACGGAGACCCUACAGACAGGUAGCAUGGUGAAGCCGGUCAGCCCUGCGGGCACCUUCACCUCCGCGGUGCCCCUGCGCAUCCUCAACAAGGGGCCGGACUACUUCCGCAGGCAGGCCGAGCCCAACCCCAAAAGACUCAGCGCGGUGGAGAGACUGGAAGCCGAUAAGGCCAAGUAUGUCAAGAGCCAGGAGGUCAUCAACGCCAAGCAGGAGCCCGUGAAGCCGGCCGUGCUGGCCAAGCCCCCCGUGUGCCCCGGCGCCAAGCGCGCACUGGGCAGCCCCACGCUCAGAGUGUUCGGACCCAACGCCAAGACCGAGAGCGGCGUGCACAGGGAGACCCUGAAGCUCGAGAUCCUGAAGAACAUCAUCAACAGCUCCGAAGGCUCCAGCUCAGGCUCGGGGCACAAGCACAGCUCCCGAAACUGGCCGCCGCACAGGCCAGACGCCACCGACCUGCACCGACACUCCUUUGCUGAGUCCCUGAAGGUCUACCCGACGCAGGGCCGCGGCAGCCCGCAGGAGAGCAGCUCCCACGUGGGCAGGAGGCUGCUGGAGCAGACGGCCGAGUCCUUCCUCCACGUCUCCCACAGCUCCUCGGACAUCCGCAAAGUGACCAGUGUGAAGCCCCUAAAAGCGAUCCCCUGCAGUAGCUCCGCACCUCCCUUGCCUCCCAAACCCAAGGUCACUGCCAUUGUCACCAUGAAGUCCCCCGACGUCGACCCUGUGGAGCCAGCUUGCGGAGUCAGCCGAAGACCCUCUCUCCAGCGGUCUAAGUCAGACUUGAGUGACAGAUAUUUCCGGGUGGACGCAGACGUGGAGCGGUUCUUCAACUACUGCGGACUGGACCCUGAAGAGCUGGAAAACCUUGGAAUGGAAAACUUUGCAAGGGCUAAUUCUGACAUCAUCUCCCUCAACUUCCGCAGUGCAAGCAUGAUCAGCUCAGACUGUGAACAGUCUCAGGACAGUAACAGUGACCUUAGAAAUGAUGACAGUGCCAAUGAUCGGGUGCCAUAUGGCAUUUCUGCGAUCGAAAGAAAUGCUAGGAUCAUCAAGUGGUUAUAUAGCAUCAAACAAGCUAGAGAGUCGCAGAAGGUCUCCCACGUGUAAGAGAAAGUGCGUGCAAAGGAGGGAGGGGUGGGUCUCUGUCUGUGCAUCGCAGUUGUGAAGGUUGUGAGGUCUCCUUGAAGUGUUGUGAGCUUCUCCACUCUCUUUGUGUUGCUUGUUGUGCAAUGUUUUCAAGUUGCAUGCCUGUCAACAUGGGGACUGACCUGGCAUCCACGUCAACCAUCGCUGCAGAGCCUGGCUGAACACGUCAUCUGCCAAAAGUUUUUCAGGCCAGAAUCUGAUUAGGGCUUUGAUCUGAAGCAAAACUGUUUACACGAAAUGGUAUACAACUUCUUCAAUAUUUAUGUGGCUCUUGUGUUUUAUAUCCUGCGCUAUUGUGUCUUAAUUAAAAGUUUUAUCAACUGGC